GGAGCCUCGGUCCCCAGGCGGUAGGACAGUCGCCGCCAGCCCCUCCCCGGGCAGCACCCGAAGCGGACGCCCUGACCCCGCGGCCCUAUCGCCCGGCAGCGUCCCCAAGUGGUUGGCGGAGUGUCUGUCGGGACGGGAGGUGGUGAUGGCUGUGCCUGGGUCUGUCCAGAGUCCGUCCCGCCCCCGGCCUGACCCGGCAGGGUAGGAAGCCGGGCGGGGCUCUCAGGCACGUGGGUCCCCGCCGCGGCGACUGGACGCUGGCGCUGGCAACCGGGAGUCGCGGCCGGGGCACUGCGGGCUGACGAGCGCCCUGCGAGGUGAGAGCGGGCCGCCUGCAGGGCCCGGAGACGAGGAGACGGCGGCGGGCGGGCCCGGAUACGCGGCCGGUGGCGGCUCAGCCGGCACCGGGCAGGCAGAGCGGAGCGCGCGGGGCUGGCCGAGGAGGCGCGGUUCCCAGCCGGUGUGAGCGCUCCGGCAGGUCCGUGGUAGAGCUGGGUCUCCACUGGAGCUUCGAUCUUGGGGAAUGUGGACGGAUACCCGCACGGAUACCCGGGUGAACGUGCACGGAUACCCGGCACUCCACCCCCAGCAGAGGCAGGCAGCAGGAGUUUCCAGAAUGGUGAUGGGUCACUUUCCCCUGUCAAACUGGACAGGGCCAGCCAGACCAAGAUUGGAGCAGAGGAGGCAGCCCGGGGAAGGCUCAGCCUGGCUGACUUCCCGUGACCCAGAGCCCAAGCUGUCUCCACCUCCCUGUCUCAGGAGCCCAGGCACUGCCUGCCCUGAGAAAUGCUGGAAGCUGGGCGAGGCCCCAGGCCAGGGGACCUGUUUUUCCUGUUUCCCACAGAGUUCCCUGCAGCUCGGUCCAGGGGUCCAGGCGGGUGCAUUCAUGAGUGAGGAAUCUGAGCCUGCGCUGAGCAUCCUGACAGUGAGAGCAGGGGCUGGUCAGGGCGAUGGCCACAGGCCCGGGCCUCUGGAAUGGCACCAUCAAUGGCACCUGGGAUGGGGAUGAGCUGGGCUACAAGUGCCGCUUCAAUGAGAACUUCAAGUACGUGCUACUGCCUGUGUCCUACGGCGUGGUGUGCGUGCUCGCGCUGUGUCUGAACGCCGUGGCUCUCUACAUCUUCCUGUGCCGCCUCAAGACCUGGAACGCCUCCACCACAUACAUGUUCCACUUGGCCAUGUCGGACGCGCUGUACGCGGCCUCCCUGCCCCUGCUGGUCUAUUACUACGCCCGCGGUGACCACUGGCCCUUCAGCACAGUGCUCUGCAAGCUGGUGCGCUUCCUCUUCUACACCAACCUUUACUGCAGCAUCCUCUUCCUCACGUGCAUCAGCGUGCACCGAUGCCUGGGUGUCCUGCGUCCACUGCGCUCGCUGCGCUGGGGCCGGGCCCGCUACGCCCGCAGGGUGGCCGUCGCCGUGUGGGUGCUGGUGCUGGCCUGCCAGGCACCCGUGCUUUACUUCGUCACCACCAGUGCACGUGGUGGCCGCAUUACCUGCCACGACACCUCGGCACCCGAGCUCUUCAGCCACUUCGUGGCCUACAGCUCCGUCAUGCUGAGCCUGCUCUUCGCGGUGCCCUUCGCCAUCAUCCUGGUCUGUUACGUGCUCAUGGCUCGGCGGCUGCUAAAGCCGACCCACGGGACCUCGGGAGGCCUGCCGCGGGCCAAGCGCAAGUCGGUGCGCACCAUUGCCGUGGUGCUAGCUGUCUUCGCCCUCUGCUUCCUGCCUUUCCACGUUACCCGCACCCUCUACUACUCCUUCCGCUCGCUGGACCUCAGCUGCCACACCCUCAACGCCAUCAACAUGGCUUACAAGAUCACCCGGCCACUGGCCAGCGCCAACAGUUGCCUUGACCCCGUGCUCUACUUCCUGGCUGGGCAGAGGCUCGUGCGCUUUGCUCGGGACGCCAAGCCACCCACAGACCCCACCCCUACCACCCAGCUUCGCCGCAGGCUGGGCCUGCAUAGGUUCAACAGAACUGACACUAAGAGGACAGAAGACUCGGCCAGCAGUGAGGACUCUAGACAGAUAGAGUCCACACCGCCUGGUAGUGAAAACACUAAGGACAUCCGUCUGUAGGACCGGAACCCCUUGGGCCUGUGCCAGUUUGUGUCGGGUGGGACUGUAGACUUGUCCAAAUGGGACAGUCUCCCCAGAUAUGGGCCAUCAGUGAAUCAGGCCGGAUGGUCAAGGGGGCCGUGACCCCAGCGCUCUGUCAUUUGACAGGGGCGCAGUUUGUUCUCUGUGGUCCAGAGAGCUCAGCAGUCCCCACAUCCUGAGUCACCAUUUGUAUGUGAGAUGUGGGGAGUAAGGUUUUAAGAAAGGCAAGUGUUUGGGGCCAGCACUGCCCCUGGCCUGAAUCCCACAUAAAUACCUGGCUGUGCCUGCCAAGGUACCUAGGCUGGGCUCCAGCCUAAUCAAGUCAAGUGGAGAAACAGGCCCAGAGAGGAAAGUGACUUAACCAAGGUCACACAGCCAAGCCUGUGCCUGAGCUGCCUGGGAGGGACAGGGUCGCAUGUUGACCAGAGGACGCUGGUAAGGAGUCAGGGCUGAGCCAGAGGUUCCCACGAUGAGUCGGAGUGGUCUGAGUGCCACUGUGGGCUCAGCUCUGAGGGGGACGCCCAGCCCAAGGGAUGAACGUCUGGGAACUGAUGUCAUGAACCCAUCUGGAGGCUGGGAGCCAGUUGGAGGCUGGGACUUGUACUAAAGGUGUUGUUACCUGCUGAGCCGGACCCCGCUGUGUAGUUGGAGGUUGGGGAUACAGCCUGGGGAGCUCUCACCAUCCACACCAGGGUCCUUUCUCCAACCUGUUCUCUUCCGCCUCCCCAGUAGCUGCCUCAGUGGUGGCCUCGUACGAGGAAUAUAAAUGUACUCUCCAGACCCCAGGUCAUCCUCCACUUUAAAGUUAACUGGCUUUUAUGCCUGGUUUUGCUGGGUACAGAGGGGAGUCAGGUGGGGUCCCAGUCCUCAGGAUCCCCCAGUUUAGGAUUUAAUGGCGAUGACCAGUCAUGCGCUGGUAAAAGUUCAACCAUUUAGCUGACUCUCGGCGGGGGGUGCGGGGGUGAGGGGAACCCAUUAUUUGCAGCAUUGCCAGUUUCUGUGGUACAAAUACUCCUGCCACAGCCAGUUUCAGACUACCAAUGUGAUACCAGCCUCCUUGCAAAAUUCCUGAAAAAUUAACAGAGGGCUCUUGAGAGCAGGUACAAGUUUCUCUAGCACACCACUGGAUAAUGCUGAGUGGUUGAGGCAGUGGACCAGGGCAUCAGGGAAGGCUUCCUGGAGUGGGUGGACUUCUGAGAAAAGCACUUCAUCAGAGAAGAACAUCCAGGUGCAGGUGCGUUCUAGGCAAAGACAUGGGGGCAGGAGAGCAGGGCCUGCAGGAACUGGAAGCUGGCUGGGCAGUUGGUACCCAGGUUCAAGGCAGGAAUGGGGAGGGUGGGCGGG